CGACGGUAGGUCGGUUUCUCGAUUCUGGAUCGGAUCCGAAGCUCAGUUAUGUAUAGGUUACUACUAGUCAGUCUGGCUGCUUUGUGGCUAUCUGUCCACAGUGGUUCCAGCAAUGAGGUGACAAACAAACCCGUCACGGAAGAUUGCCUGGACUGUUUGUGUGAGACAAUGAGCGGCUGCAAUGCAUCCGCCAUUUGCGUUAAUGGCGCCUGUGGAAUAUUUCGGAUUACCUGGGGCUAUUGGGUGGAGGCGGGCAAGAUAACCCUGCCAGGUGAUACAGCCCUUUCCGAGGAUGCCUUCACCAAUUGCGUAAAUGAUCCCCACUGUGCCGCCGACACGAUCCAGAGCUAUAUGUUCAAGCAUGGCCAGGAUUGCAAUGGUGAUGAAUUGAUCAAUUGCCUGGACUUUGGAGCACUCCAUAAGCUGGGAAAUCUUGUUUGCCAGAAGGAGUUGCCAUAUACCUUUGCCAAUGUCUUCAACCGUUGCCUAAAGGCCAAACAAAAGCAGGUCAUUGGAAAGGUGAUGAAAACCACAGGAUGAGAAUUUCUCAACAUAAUUGAUUCUUUAUUUGGGUUUCUUCGAUUCCCUCGCUUUUCUGUCUUUCAAAGGAGAAUCCUUUUACUGUUUUUAAAACAAUCUUGUUAAUACAUAUACACAUAUACAUACA